GACGUAAACUGUCGGUGAGGGGGAAAAAAGUGACGCUGACACACACAAGCCGGAGCCCUGACGGGGGAAUAGCGUUUUGUUUCUUUUUUCUUUAGUUUUGUGUCAUUUAUUCUUUAGCGUUUUGUUGUUAUUUAGCAGUAUUCCUGCCUCGGACUCGACCGCCGUGUUCUUCAGCGCUUGCUAUUUCGCAUUAACGUCCAUGCUGCUCUCCCCUCACGCGGCGCUAUUUUGACAGUCGGGGUCGCGGUGAGCCAACUCAAGCUAGCAGCACCAUUAUAUUACCAUCGACCCAAGUUGAAGGAUUCUCCACGCAACUCAAGACAUACUGCCAACAACACGGACUGACUGUAGGACAGACCAUGCUGCUGCACUAAGCCGGAGAGCGAGAGAGGGAGAGAGAGGCCCCAGAGGACCCCUGAAGUGGUGGCUGGUCGUUUGGUGCCCCUCCCACUUGUCUGGCUGGCUAGCUGCUGCCUCUUCAAUUCACCUGAUUGCUCCCUUCCCCAGACGCUAAGGCUUGCUAUGGACUGCACUUCGCCCCCUGCUGCAGCCCAGUCUAGUACACUACGUUAGUGGGUCCCCACUUUCCGUGUGGUUCCUGUCCAGAUUAAGUGAACAGAGUCCAGCUCCGAUCUGGUACCACCUACAGCCACUGCUGGGUCCUCCACCCAACCCCCUCCCCACUCCCACCCUCCCCCCUUUCCCCUAAAAAGAUGUCAGUGAGCCUGACAACGGACAUCCAGCAGGAGGGAGAGAGUGGGCCACUUAUUGAGCCCUGCAGUCGAGGCAAGACCUCCCCUCAACCACAGGGCACCAAAGAAGGAACUGGAGAGAGCCUGGAGCCGGACGAUAGCUCUCCACAGGAUGCACAGAAGCGGGCUCCUAACCACAGCCAUGGCAGGAAAAGGGCCAAGUCUAAUGCCAAACUGAAGCUGGUACGAAGUCUUGCAGUGUGUGAAGAGUCCUCCGGUCCGUUUUCCAAUGAUGGACCACCAGAAUCGGAUAUCAUCCAGCUUCACAUCAGCUGUCCAUCUGACAAAGAGGAGGAGAAGUCCUCGAAGGACGAGUAUGAAAAUGAAGAGGAGAAGAAGGACAAGACUCCCCGAAAGAUGCUGUCACGUGACUCCAGUCAGGAAUAUACUGACUCCACAGGCAUCGACGUUCAUGAGUUUCUGGUCAACACACUGAAAAACAAUCCCAGGGAUCGAAUGAUGCUGCUUAAACUGGAACAAGAUAUCCUGGAGUUCAUUAAUGACGACAAUAACCAGUAUAAGAAGUUUCCACAAAUGACUUCUUAUCAUCGUAUGCUGCUGCACCGUGUGGCUGCCUACUUUGGCAUGGACCAUAAUGUGGAUCAGACGGGCAAGGCUGUCAUCAUCAACAAGACGGGCAACACACGCAUCCCAGAACAAAGGUUCUCUGAACACAUCAAGGAUGAACGCAACAUGGAUUUCCAGAAGAAGUUCAUCCUUAAGAGAGAUGAUGCUAGCAUGGACAAAGAUGAUAAUCAGAUCCGCGUGCCGCUGCAGGACGGGCGGCGUAGCAAGUCCAUUGAAGAGCGAGAGGAAGAAUAUCAGCGGGUACGAGACCGGAUCUUUGCCCGAGAAGUGUCCUUUUUUUUACAGUCUUCUCAAAAUGGAUACAUCAAUGACAACAGAAACCGCGAGAGCUCCAGCCGGGCAUCAAGCAGCCGUCAAAGCAGCACGGACAGUGACAUGAAGUGCCUGGAGCCAAGGCCUUGGAGCAGCACCGACUCAGACAGCUCUAACCGCACUCUCCGGCCACCCGUCACUAAGGCCAGCAGCUUCUCUGGUAUCUCCAUCCUUACCAGGGGGGAUAGCCUUGGCAGCAACAAAGGCUCGCAAGGGAGCUGCAAAGGCUCUCGCUCUGGUAAGGAUUGGAGAAAAGUGGAGAAGAAGCAUUUAGGCCUUCCCCUAGUCAGCCCUGAUGUAUGUCCUCCACCUGCAGCCUCCCAGUCCAGCCGUAGUCUGCUACCCUGCCCAUCUCAACAGCCACAGCAGCCACAGCCCCAGGCUCCACCUCAGACUGCCCUGCUGCCCACACCGCCGCAGCACCCUAUGAGCAACCACAUGAUUGCUCAGCCGGUGGCGUCUCUGCAGCCCUCUCAGCCUGUCUCCUACUCCAGCCCUUCCUGCCCCCAGGUUCUCCUGCCAGUUUCUCCUCCCCAGCAGUACACAAUGGGAGAAGAGCUGGCACCCCAGUUCACACAGAUGACACUGAGUCGGCAGGGCUCCAGUGAGAACCCCGAGCCUCCCCCUAUGUAUCAGGCUACUCCCCCAGUGCUGCCGCAGCACCCCCCACCUCAGACCAGCUACAUUAUGGCCACUACGGGUCAACCUUUGCCACCUCCGUCUGGUUAUCAGCCCACCACUGGACACCCCCAUCCUCCACCUCCACCGCCUCCUCCAUCCCAGCCUGUCAUGCAGGCCGCACCACCUCCACAAGGCUACAUGCAGCCCCCUCCACCUCAGCAGAUACAGGUUUCAUACUACCCUCCUGGUCAGUAUCCAAGCUCAGGCCAGCAGUACCGUGUGCCCCAGCCAAUGUCCCACCAGGUGUCUUACCCAACCCAACGCACACAACCCAUGCCUCAGCCAGCACAGCAGUCAGGUCUUCAGACCAUGAUGCCCAGCCAGCAGCCGAGUUACCAGGGCAUGAUGUCUGUGCAACAACCCCAAAAUCCUGGACUGCUCAAUUCACAGAGAGCAGGAAUGGGAGGACAAAUGCAGAGCAUAAUGGUUCAGUACCCACAGAUGCCUUCAUAUCAGGUACCUGUGGGUAAUGAAAAUCAGCAGGUGGUGCAGCAGCAGUACCAGCAGCAGGUCAUGGUCCCAGUCAGCCAGUCUGUCCAGGGGCCCAUGCCUGUUUACUACAGUGUUAUCACACCCACACAGCAGAAUAGCACAAGUCCAUCAGUAGGUUACCUGCAGCCCCCCAGCUCUGAGCAGUAUCAGAUAACACAGUCACCAUCCCCCUGCAACCCUCCACAGUUGCAGCAGCAAUAUUCAGGAGUACCACCUUCUGGGCCUGGGGUGAUGGUCAUGCAGCUCAGUGUACCCAAUGGACCCCAGCCUUCCCAGAAUCCCCCUCUUGUCCAGUGGAACCCAUGCAAGUACUACAGCAUAGAGCAAAGGGCAAGCAAGCCAGGCGAGCUCUACAAACCUGACAACACUCCACAGGCCAGUACUCAGCUGACGAGUCCCCUGGCCUCCCCCACUCAGUCUCCCACCCCGUCACCUUCUGGCAGCGUCAACAGUGUCUGUCCAGGCCUGGGACCAUUACCCCUCAUUUCUCAGUUUCCCCGGCCAGGAGGGCCAGCUCAAGGUGAUGGUCGCUACUCUCUUUUGGGGCAGCCCCUCCAGUAUAGUCUGUGUCCCCCACACCUCAUGCACAGUCAGUCCUCCUACAGCUCUCAUCAGGGCCAAGGAGUAAUGAAGCACGGAGCACGAGGGAAAAAACAAACACUCAAAUCUGCAUCAACAGAUCUUGGUACCACUGAUGUAGUGGUGAGUCGAGUACUCGAGGUGACAGACCUGCCGGAGGGGAUCACACGUCCAGAGGCUGAAAAGCUCUUCAACCAGCUGUCGCUGUGCGGUGCCAAGAUCCAGUGGCUGAAGGAGCCCCAAGGAGGCCGAGGAGGAGCAGGGGGCUGCGGUCCCUGUCCUGGUGCUGGGCCUUCAGGGCCAGGAGCAACAGUGGGCCCCGGAGCUAGCAUGGGAGCUGGGGGAGCGAAGGGCGACGGAAACGACCCAGCUCACCUCUACACAGUAGUGGCAGUGUUCCCCAACACCAUGGCUGCCCAGAGUGCUUCCUUCAAACUUAACAACAGUGGGGCCAGCCUCUUCAAACUGAGGGCCGCCAAAAAGAACUAUGACCUACGCGUGCUGGAGAGAGCCAGUUCUCAGUGAGAGGAAAAGAGAGGGGGAGGAACGAAGGUGAAAGACAGACAGAGAGAGAGAGACACUUGGUGGAGUGGUGGAAAAGGGAGGAGGACUGAGGGGGACUGCUCUUAGUGUACAAUUCAAAAAUGAAUUAAAAAAAAAAACUUGAUUUAAAUGAUGUGUCAAAUGUAUAAAAGGGAAGAGGGUGUGAAUCAUGAGGUGGCUGGUGUUUGGUUGCAAAUAUGAUUUUGUUUGUUUUUAUUCAUUGUUUUUCUUUUGUAUUUAUAUCGCAGAAGAGCACACAAGACACGCGAGCAUGUGUUUCACUGUUGCCGUGGAAUGUGUGCUGCCAUGAUACAAAAACACACAUAACAGAAACACAAGUGCAGGCAACAGGGUCACGUAGCACAUAACAAAAACACACUGGACAGUCGACCUCAGUCAAACCUUUUCCUCCUCUUCCUCCCUCCCCUCCCUGACCCUUCCUCCUUUUUUUCUGCCAGCGCUUUCUCACCUUCCUCGACUUUCCGUCACACAGUCGUCUCUUUAUCUCACAUAUUUAUAAAUUUUCAUACGGCACAGUUGCGCACUCUCCGCUUUCCCCUGCUGCUCCCCCCUCUUGCCAUGUCUCAGACUGCCUCCUAUCUUUCUCUGCUCCUCUGUCCCUCUCAUGUAUUCUGUCACUGCUCUCUCCUCUCUUGCUUUGUUUGCCUUACUGCUGUUGUGGGUUUCUGUAUUGCGCCGUUUCUUUUUCUUUUCUUUUUUUCUCAGAAGUUUUUCUUUGUUUGUUUUUUGGGGUUCAAUAUAUUUAUAUAAGUGAUGUAAGGAAUAAAAGAAAUCUAUAUAUUCGGUGAAUUUUUUUUCUUUUCCUCCCCCCCCGAGUGACAAAGGUUAGGCCUUCCUCCUUUAUCCCUUUAUUCCUUCCCUCUUCAUCCCCGCUCCUCUUCCCAUCUUUUUUUUUUCCUUACUGCCCUCUACCUCACUUCUUCUGCCCCUCUCCUCUCUCCCACAGUCGCCCCACAUGCCCCAGCUCCACCCCCCAGACGCCCCAUUGUGUUUGCGUUUUUUCGUUGACAGCUGUGCAGAACGUAUCAGAAGAAGUAGUAAAAGUGCACAAUGAUUGCAUAUGUCUACUGUAAAUUUUAUUUAAUCUGUUAUUUUUUUUGUUUGUUUUUAAAAAUAUAAAAGUCGAGAAA